AGUUGGCACACAAGCCUGUUACAUGCCAGUUCCAAGUGCCCUAGCUGAGCAGGCAAGGCCAAAGCUUUUGAAUCUGCCAGUCAAUGGAACCUGCUUCCAAAAUUCUCUUCUGAAAUAUAGAUGGUUUUCUCCAUAUAUUAAGGAGUCUUCUGAAACCUCAGCCAUUUAACCAGGUGUUAAUUGUUGGCAGCUACAAAACAAAAUUUGGGUCAGAAGAAGCAGCAAAAGAGUAAAAAAUUAUGGGGGGAAAGAACUCCAAGGAUCAAGGAGAAGAAAGCACAAUGCCACUAAGGAGAAGUCAGAAGCUACCUCUUUGGGAAGAAACUCUACUUUCUGGAAAAGAUCCCAAAACACUGUUAAAGCGGGGGCUGCACUAUGUCAGUCUGAACCUCAUCAUGAAGGGGAUGAUAAAGACACCUAACUUUUUAUGGGGACUACCACAAGUCCAGAAAUUGAAUCUUUCACACAACCAGCUGGUGGCCCUUCCUCCUGCUUUGGGGAAACUUGACCAGCUCGUAGUCCUGAAUUUGUGUGGGAACCGCAUAAAGUCCCUGCCUAAAGAGAUCGGACUGCUUAGGAAUCUGAAGGUUUUGUUCGCCAAUAUGAAUUGCUUGACUGAAGUCCCAUUGGAGCUUGGACACUGUAAGAAGUUGGAAAUUUUGAGCCUCUCACACAAUUAUAUCUCCUGGCUCCCUUCUAGCAUUGCAGAACUAGUCAACUUAAGGAAGCUGAAUCUGAGCAACAAUUGGUUUGUUUAUAUUCCCAUGAGUGUGUUUGCUUUGAGAAAUUUGGAUUUUUUGCAUGUAGGCUGCAACAAACUUGAAAACAUUGGAGACAGUAUCCAGUUUCUAAACAAACUGCAGAUCCUGAUUGCUGACUGUAACAACAUUCAUGCAUUGCCAAGGUCUAUCUGCUCAAUCACUAGUCUCCAAUUGCUAAAUGUUGAUAACAAUGCUAUACAAACACUUCCAUAUGAACUUUACUUGCUAAAUCGAUUGCCCAAAAUUGCUUGGAAUCCUCUGGAUAAGGGACUCCAUAUUUUGCAUAAUCCUUUGUCAAAACCAUUGCCACAAAUUAUAGACGGAGGAAUAAAUGCACUCUACAAAUACCUUAAAGAAAAACAUCAGCUGGCAUAAAUAUAUGGUAUACUUUGGUUUGGAACAUCUGGUAAUAAUGCUUCAAUUCUGCAAUUUAUUUUUUUCUGGUCAAUGGCUUUUAAUAUACAAAACAAAUACUGGAAUACAGUUAUAAUUCAGUUUUUUCUGGAAACAGGUACAUUGCCUAUGGGAUAUUUUUUUUCUAAAUAAAUGUAUCCUUUGAAUACUGAUGUAGGAGUCAGAAUAACUCCAAUAAUUUAAAUAUUUAUCUGUAUUUAAUUAUCAAUGAAAAUAAUAGCAACAGGAUUUUAAAUGUUUUUUUUCUUCUGUAAGGCUUCACUAGUGUUAUUUUAAAGGGCUAGAACUGAGUUGAUAUGCACUUGUGACUAUAACUCUUACUCAAUACAUUAUGCAUACAACUCAUAUAUAUGUAUAUAUAUAUAUAUAUACUAUUGCUACUGAAACACCAAAAUAAUCACUUUGUUAUUGUUAUAUCACCUAACAUGGUUUGAGCUUAUUCCAUUCUUCUAGUUCAUUAGAAAACCAGCAGAAAAUCAUGAUAAAAAGAAUUAAGUUUGUUAAUAAUGAGACAAAUGUCCACAUUCAAAACUACUAAGCAUUGCAAAAAUAGUUUUAAAAUUCAGUACAACAGAAAUUGGCAGGAUGAGAGAAACAGUAUGAGACAUCACAGAAAUUUGUUCUGUUGCAAAUACUAGGUGGAAUCCAAACUUAGCUGCAUGAGAUUUGAGAAGUGGGGUCAUUCUACUAAGUAAUGAUUGCAUGAUUGUGAUACAGCUUAUAGUACUGAAAACCAACUGCAUUUAUUUCCACAUAAUCCUUCCAAGAUUUUUUUUUAAUAUAAACUGCAAAUUAUUUUUCCUAGUACAAAGCCCACCAUUGUUCUUUGCCUUCAUUUCCCUUAAUUGCAUUGUGACUUGUGCAUAAAAAAUGCCCCAGGGUGAGUCAGAGAGAUGUCAAAGUGCUGUACAGUUCUUUUUAUGCUUUAGGCCUGGACACCUGUAAUACAGUUCUUGGAUUAUACAAAUUGUUUCACGGAAAUAUUUUUUGGCAGCAUAAAGAAUACUGUAAAUAAUCACCUAGCCUGUUCUUUCAUCCACCAACUUUCUUAAAACUCAAAAGUAGUAUCCAUUCCCACAUUCAAACAUCUGAGUAAGUAAGGAACAUUAAUGGAAAAAAUAAUUUAGUUGUGAAUCUACUUCUGUUGAUACUAAAAUUAAUCUACCUGGGAAGACUGUGAAUAUGAAUAUAGUAAAAGCCUUGGUAAUCAUGUGGUGUUAUCUGUACAUUGUAUCAUCAUUCUAAGAAAAUGAAAUGCACUGUUCAAAUAUUUCCAUUUUUAUUCCACUUUACAGAGAAAUAAGUUUUUCUCACUGCUGUGCUUUUCUCACCUGUCACCAUUACAGAAUAACCUCCCAAGGGCUGACAUUAGAA